AUGGCAAAAGCCAAACCAAAAUCUCGACUCAUGUCCCUAUAUCUACUCGGGGUCGCUGAAAACCCACCUUGUCGUGGUGACGGUGUUCGGCCGUCCUACGGGUCGGCCGCUCAGAGGUUUUCAAAAUCGGGUCCGUUAAACCAGUUGGACAGGCCCCAGGCGUCACGUGAGCUGUUAAGUGGCGCCAAGUCGUGCGCUCUCGAGUGGCGUGCCUAUACCUCGGGUUGGGAGCAACCCGCGAAUGACCACCAUUCAGCUGCAGUGUCCUUUGUCUGGCAUCAAUGUCUGAGGGCCGUCGCGAACGGGAGUACAGGCGACAACCCUUAA